AUGUCUCGAUUAGUGUGUUCUCAAAUCAAACUCCUGGUUCUUGUGCCAUUGCUUUUGUGCAUUGUGCAAGCAGAAACUGGUAACAAGAGCAACCGAACAUGGCUCAUUGGGUUGGACCAAAAUACCACAGAUGGGUCAGGAACCAUGGUGCCAUGGGUUAGGCGAGUUAGGAAACAAGCUGUUGGGUGCGAUGACAGGCCUUGGACUUGUAAUCAAGGUGGGUUUCCGUCUCCAGUUAGAAGGAGGUGUUGUAAUAAUCGUUGUGUUGAGGUAACCUCAGACGUGAACAACUGUGGAGUAUGUGGGAUUCGAUGUCCGUAUACGUGGCAGUGCUGCCGAGGGGUAUGCAUCGAUACUAGCUAUAAUCCAUUCAAUUGUGGAAAAUGUUUCAAUCGAUGCCCGUUCUUCACAUUUUGCACUUAUGGGAUGUGUGGAUACGCAGGAGGUCAACCUCCAUUCCCUCCCAGACCCCCAAAGCCGCCUAUCCCAUUCCCUCCCAGACCCCCAAAGCCGCCUAUCCCAUUCCCUCCCAGACCCCCGAAGCCGCCUACCCCAUUCCCUCCCAAACCCCCAAAACCACCAACUCCGUUUCCUCCCAAACCUCCAAAGCCUCCAAAGCCUCCCAGAGGACCAGAACAACCUGAGCCUCCACAAACUCAGCCAUUUCCAGAAGUUGGUCAGCCACCCCUGAUAGACGCUCUAUCGCCUGGUGAAUCACCUAUAUCUGAUGGUCAGACAUCAUUAGGAUCCGGUGAACCACAUUCAUCUGGUGACCACCCCCCACCAAAGCAUGAUCAACAUGUUUAUCUCUAG